GAAGGGAGGGCAGUAGCUGUGGGGACAGGAGGGAUUCUACCUGGACUCAUUGCUAUAAAUUUGGAAUAGCAGAGAGCAAGACUCUCUCCCUAUAUACGCACAUCUGCUGCAUUUACGACUUGGGAUAGCACAGUGCACUUCUUCCUGCACAUCCAUCCAUAUAAUUCAUCUUGUUUAUUUAUACAUACUUAAAGGUCUUGUUGAUGUCUGUUCCACAGAGAGGAAUCAUUUUAAGAGAAAAGCAAUCAAGAUGUUGCCAGUGAAGCCUUCGCCGCCACCACUUGUGAAGUUACCUCCACCUGUUGCACAGGUGACAGAUCCUGUUAAUAUCUGUCCACCUGUGAAGAAGAUGAGUGGUUCUGGGGAUGAAGACAAAUUGGAGAGCCGGACAGCAGCCAUUGCUUCUCAGUCUGUAAGAUGCAGUAUUUUCCCUUUUGUGGUCUCCCCAGACACAGAACGAAUCCGAUUCAUGUUAAAGGAGGAGGACGAGGUCCCAGCGACACCCCAGCUCUUCACUGAACUGGAUGAGCUGCUGGCUGAGGAUGGGCAGGCGAUGGAGUGGAAAGAGACAGCAAGGUGGGUUAAGUUUGAAGAAAAGGUUGAAAAAGGUGGAGAACGCUGGAGUAAACCUCAUGUUGCCACAUUGUCCUUGCACAGCUUAUUUGAGCUGAGAACCUGCAUAGAGAAGGGCACUAUUAUGCUAGACUUGGAAGCCUCAACUCUUCCCUUGGUUGUGGAGAACAUCAUUGACAGACAGAUUGAGAAUGGACAGUUGAAAGCUGACUUCAAAGACAAGGUUAUGUUCACCUUGCUGCGUAAACAUCAGCACCAGACAAAGAAGAGCAACCUACGCUCACCUGCUGACGCCGGCAAGACAGUCCCUAGUGCAAGUAGCCCAGCAACUACCCAUCAAACUGUAGCACCAGGCAGCUUAUAUGUUUCUGAAAAACCAGAUAAACACCAGUUGAAGAACAAGUUUAUAAAGAAGCUACCAAAAGAUGCAGAAGCCUCCAAUAUAUUAGUGGGAGAAGUUGACUUUUUAGAUUCACCAUUAGUGGCAUUCGUCCGCUUGCGGCAAGCUGUUAUGCUGGGAGCUCUGACUGAGGUUCCUCUUCCAACCAGAUUCUUGUUUAUCUUGCUGGGUCCCAAAGGCAAUGCAAAGUCCUAUCAUGAAAUUGGAAGAGCAAUUGCUACAUUAAUGUCUGAUGAAGUCUUCCAUGACAUUGCAUACAAGGCCAAGGAAAGACAGGAUCUCCUGGCUGGCAUUGAUGAAUUCCUAGAUGAGGUAAUUGUCCUUCCCCCUGCGGAGUGGGACCCUGCCAUCAGGAUAGAACCACCAAAGUCUCUGCCACCCACAGACAAAAGGAAGAACAUGUAUUCUGGAGCAGAUACUGUGCAGAUGAAUGGCGGAGAACAUAAAGGAGGCGGCCACCAAAUUGGCAAUGAACUUAAGAGGACAGGGAGGUUUUUUGGUGGCCUCUUCCUAGAUAUCAAAAGGAAAGCUCCCUAUUUUCCCAGUGAUUUUUAUGAUGCUUUGAAUAUCCAAUCACUGUCAGCCAUUCUAUUUAUCUACCUGGGAACUGUAACAAAUGCUAUUACUUUUGGGGGCCUCCUUGGAGAUGCCACAGAAAAUAUGCAGGGCGUGCUGGAGAGCUUCCUGGGCACCGCUAUCUCCGGAGCAGUCUUCUGUCUCUUGGCAGGGCAACCUCUCACCAUUCUCAGUAGUACGGGUCCAGUGCUGGUCUUCGAGAGACUUCUUUUUAAUUUCAGCAGGGACAAUUCUUUUGACUACUUGGAGUUUCGACUGUGGAUUGGUCUGUGGUCAGGAUUCUUCUGCUUGGUUUUGGUGGCAACAGACGCCAGCUUCUUGGUUCAGUAUUUCACCCGCUUCACAGAGGAAGGCUUCUCUUCCCUCAUCAGUUUCAUUUUCAUCUAUGAUGCUUUCAAAAAGAUGCUGAAGCUGGCUAAUUAUUACCCAAUUAACUCAGAGUACAAGAUUAAUGACGUGACCCAUUAUGACUGCAUCUGUAAGGCUCCAACAGUGGAUAAUAAAUCAGGACUGUACAGUGAUUCUUUGGAAGUCUCCACAUGGAUGCUCAAUGUCACUGAACUGGACACUUGGUCAUCUCUGACAAAGAAGGACUGUAUAAAAUAUGGAGGAGAAUUAGUUGGGAAGGCUUGCAAAUUUGUCCCUGACAUAACCUUAAUAUCCUUUAUUCUUUUCUUUGGGACUUACAUAUGCUCCAUGUCCCUUAAAAAGUUCAAGACAAGUACUUUCUUUCCCACCACAGUGAGAAAACUUGUCAGUGACUUUGCUAUUAUCUUGGCCAUUUUAAUUUUCUGUGGUGUGGAUGCACUGGUAGGGGUGGAUACACCAAAACUCAUUGUGCCAACUGAAUUCAAGCCAACCAGUCCACACAGGGGUUGGUUCGUAUUUCCAUUUGGUGGAAACCCUUGGUGGGUGUAUGUGAUAUCAGCUGUUCCUGCCCUGCUUGUCACUAUUCUGUUGUUCAUGGACCAGCAGAUCACGGCUGUCAUUAUCAACAGGAAAGAACACAAGCUCAAGAAAGGAGCUGGGUAUCAUCUGGACCUUUUUUGGGUUGCAGUUUUAAUAAUUUUGUGUUCUUUUAUGGGACUACCAUGGUAUGUGGCAGCCACUGUCAUCUCCAUUGCUCACAUUGACAGUUUGAAGAUGGAAACUGAGACAUCUGCUCCUGGAGAGCAGCCCAAAUUUCUGGGAGUAAGGGAACAGAGAGUCACUGGUGUUUUUGUCUUCAUUUUGACUGGACUAUCUGUGUUCAUGUCUCCAAUACUCAAGUUCAUUCCAAUGCCUGUUCUGUAUGGAGUAUUCCUCUACAUGGGGGUGGCCUCUCUUAAAGGUGUUCAGUUUAUGGACCGCCUUAAGUUGCUCCUAAUGCCAGCCAAGCACCAACCGGAUCUGAUCUACCUGAGACAUGUGCCCCUGCGCAAGGUUCAUCUCUUCACAUUUUUCCAAAUUCUCUGUCUGGCUCUUCUUUGGAUUCUCAAAUCUACUGUGGCAGCCAUUAUUUUUCCACUGAUGAUCCUGGCUCUAGUGGCUGUGAGGAAGGGUAUGGACUACUUUUUUUCCCAGCAUGACCUUAGCUUUCUGGAUGAUGUAAUUCCUGAAAAAGACAAGAAGAAAAAGGAAGACACCCAGAAGAAGGGAAGCGCAGACAGUGACACUGAAGAUUGUGACUGUCCCUACAAUGAAAGCGUCCCCAGUAUAAAAAUACCCAUGGAUACCAUAGAAAAGGAGCUUUUUUUAAGUGAUACAAAGUCUGACAGAGAGAAGCCUCCAAAUUUGCUUGAAAGAGAUUCAUCAUGCUGAACAGCUGCCAAUAUGCCGAGAGACCAGUAUCUGAGGAGGAGGAGGACAUAUUUUCCUAUAUCAUAUGAUGAACGCAGAGUAAUAUAAGAACAAGAAUGGGAAUGUCUUGAGGUUAUUAGAGCAGUAUUUUACCAUGCUGAAUUGCAGCCUUUAUUACAUUUUUGUUUAUAAUCAAAAGCAGAUAUUAGGAAAUAAACAUCCUGUUUAUGUUA